AGUGUUCGGGAGGCAAAGAUGGCGGCGCCCGUGGAAGUAGCGGUGUGUACGGACUCGGCGGGCCAACUGUGGAACUGCGCCGUGUGGGAGCUGCACUCGGGCACCAGCCUCCACACGUACCGUGGCGGGCAGACCGGGCCCCGCAGCCUCGCGUUGCUCAACGGCGAGCACCUACUGGCGGGACAGCUCGGCAAGAACUACAUCUGCGCCUGGGAGCUGCAGCGGAAGGAUCAGCUUCAACAGAAGAUUGUGUGCCCCGGACUGGUGACGUGUCUGACCGCGGCUCCCAAUGGCCUCUACGUCCUGGCGGGCAUUGCGGAGAGCAUAUACCUAUGGGAGGUUUCCACAGGGAACCUCCUGGCCAUCCUGAACCGACACUACCAAGACCUUUCCUGCCUGACGUUUACAGAUGACAGCAGUCACUUCCUCUCAGGUGGCAAAGACUGCCUGGCCUUGGUGUGGAGCCUCCAUAGUGUGUUACAGGUGGAACAAUCCAAAGUUCCCGAUCCCCGCCAUGUGUGGUCUCAACACACACUUCCCAUCACAGACCUGCACUGUGGUUUUGGGGGACCCUUGGCCCGAGCCGCCACUGCCUCCUUGGACCAGACGGUGAAGCUGUGGGAGAUCUCUUCCGGUGAACUGCUCCUCUCUGUUCUCUUCGAUAUGGCCAUCAUGUCCGUGACUAUGGACUUGGCUGAGUACCACCUCUUCUGCGGGGGCAGCGAUGGGUCUGUGUUCCAGGUUGACCUUUUCUCUUGGCCUGGGCAGAGAGAGAAGACCUUCCGCACUGAACAGGAGAAUGGAAAGCUAUUCAAAGGACACCGGAACCAGGUGACGUGUCUCUCAGUGUCAGCCGAUGGUAGCCUGUUGCUGUCAGGCUCACAUGAUGAAACGGUGAGACUGUGGGAUAUCCAGAGCAAGCAGUGCAUUCGGACCGUGAGCCACAAAGGUCCUGUCACCAAUGCCUUCAUUGUGCUGGCCCCAGCCAGCAUGUUCAACCCAGACUGCAAGCCAACCCUCCCCCUGCCCAAGUUCAGCAAGAACCUUCUGGGAACGGAGAGCAGUGAAGGAUCGGGGAACGAGGCAGUGAUGCUGCGCCUCGGCAUGCACCGGCAGGGAUCCGAGAAGAGCUAUUUAGAGAGAGCUGAGAAGCUGCAUUCCGUGAUGUGCACUACGUUGGACAAGAACUCCCUAGGAGACCAGGAGCAGCUGAAAAUCCGUGUGACCGAACUGGAGGAAGAGGUGAACACUUUGCGGAAAAUCAACAAGGACCUCUUUGAUUUCUCCAGCCACAUCAUCACCAAGCCGCCCAAAUGACUCCCUUCUCCACCUGCCCGGCCUGCUGCCCAGAAGUCCGCUGCCAUGCAGCCCCAGGACCUGUGUGGAGUUGGUCCCCGCAGUCCGCGGGCCUCCUGACAGCUAUGAGUUAUGGGGAUGAAACAUUUCCUUGUGGCCGUAUCCCAUGGUUUGGUCACAUGCACUGGGACCACUCCCCCUUCUGGGUAUAGACUACCCUGGUGAUUCUGAACAUAUGGCCUUCACAUGACAGCCUGGGCCAUGGGGCAGUCAGGGGCACACAGUGGCCAACAGCCAUAGAUUCUGCACUUGUGGUGAGAGCUGAGGCCGCAACUUUGUCUGCUCAGACCCUGACUCUUCCGAACUACCCAGGGGCUGAGGGGGGGCCGGGCACACAGAGGAGGAGAAGGAGCCCGUGUCACUUCAGGGUCUCCUGGGGCCACAGAUAACACAGCUAGCACACGUCACCAUCCAACUAAGGGGCAGUUUACAGUUUUUUAGUCCAAGAGAUCCUGGAUUUUGAUAAAAGGGCUUUUUUUCUUUCAUUUUGUCUCUUCCCUCCUCUGAGGUGAAGGCCCUAGCUCCCUCCACUAACCUUGAUUGAUCCCCCCAAUCAAUUUACUUGUUACCUGUAGCCCAAGAGGGAGCAUCCCCAUGAAAUAACUGGGUCAACCUCUCCCUCCCCUCCCCUUUGUUCUCUACACCUUCUCCUCCCCCUUUUUAAAGAUUGGGGCAAAGCAAUAGAUGGUAGACAAACUUGGAGGCUCCAAGUUCAGACUUGGCCCCAACAUCCUCAACCUGACCGAGUCAAAGGUUCUUUCCAGUGGACCUUUGGUAGCCUGGGCCAUAUUGAUAUAGUUUUUCCAGGUCCCUCCAGACCUGGUUUGGUUUGUUUUUGUUUUACCCUGGAGACUUGGUACUCUUGGUCUCAGGAAAACAUCUUUCUAUAUAUAUAGAGAGAGAAUUGGGGUUUUUUAUUGUUGUUUGUUUUUGGUUUUUUUUGUUUGUUUUUUUUUUUAAACAAAAAAAGGGUCAGAAACCUAUGUGGGUAUUUUUCCUUCCUAGUCUUGAUGUGUGGGCUUUUUUUCCCCAUUCCCUCUGUUUCCUAAAUCUUUGCAAUUAAUCUUAGUGAACACAUAAUCCUUUCAUGGGCUGCUUUCCACCCAACCUAACGAUUAUCUAAUGCAGAGUUUCCAAGCCCCUCUUCUGUAAACCGAUAGUAAUCCUUGGCAAAUUUGGACUGGUUCACACAAUUUUUAAUGCUAUAGGACUCCUGAAAAACUUGUGGACUUGA